AUUGACUUGAAUUUUUAUUUUGGGUUAUUUACCUGUCCAAAGUUGCACGAUUUUCUUGUUUUGUUCUUAUUCAAAAAAGUGAUUUGUGCUGGGAAAACUCAAUUUCAUUUCUGAAAUCUGAAGCCUGUAGGCAUAUAUAAUAAAAUAUGGCCCAUUACAAAGGUGCUGCUAGCGAGGCAGGCAGAGCUAUGCAGCUAAUGAAAAAACGAGAAAAAGAAAUGCAAGAUAUGGAACUUCGAAAGAAGAAAAUUGAGGAAGAGUUGAAACUGAACAACAUUGAAACCAAAUUUGCCACCCAUUAUGAUGCUGUGGAACAACAACUGAAGAGCUCAACAAUAGGUCUUGUUACCCUAGAUGAAAUGAAAGCAAAGCAAGAAAACAUUGUCAAAGAAAGAGAAAAAAAGUUGGCACAGAAGCAAGCAGAGAAAGAACGUGAAAAGCAGAGACAACUUGAAGCAAAACAAGCAGAAAAAAACAAGCAGAAGAUGCAGAUUCAAGCUUUGUCAUUUUCACUGGAAGAAGACAAUGAAGAUAGUGAAGACUCUGGAUCAGAAAGUUUCAAACGCCCCUUUGAGGAAGUUGAGAAAUCAAAUAUGAAGAAAAUUAAAAAAGAUCCCAAUGUUGAUACCAGUUUCUUACCUGACAGAGAAAGAGAAGAAGAAGAAAAUAGACUCAGAGAGGAAUUGAGACAACAAUGGGCUGAGCAGCAACAGAAAUUGAAGGAGGAAGUAAUGGAUAUUACUUUCAGUUACUGGGAUGGGUCAGGACACAGAAGAACAGUAAGGGUAAAAAAAGGCAAUUCCAUAUACCAGUUUCUGCAAAAAGUACUGGAACUGUUGAGAAAGGAAUUUUCUGAACUGAAAACAGUGAUGGCCGACCAACUCAUGUAUGUGAAAGAAGACCUUAUUCUUCCGCAUCAUUACACUUUUUACGAUUUCAUCGUGACUAAGGCUAGGGGCAAGAGUGGACCCCUAUUCCAAUUUGACGUCCACGAUGAUAUCAGACUAGUGAACGACGCUUCCGUGGAGAAAGAGGAGUCUCAUGCAGGAAAAGUUUUGCUGCGCAGUUGGUAUGAGAGGAAUAAACAUAUUUUUCCUGCAAGCAGAUGGGAGCCUUAUGAUCCCACCAAGACCUAUGACAAAUACACUGUUUCUGAUAAAAAUAAGAAAGCAUAGGAAUAAGUUGUCAGGAAAUGUUAUUAGGUUAAUAUACGCACAGUUUGAAAUUCUGUUUGGUUACACAUUUUUUUUCUGGAA